CCCAAGGACACGGUAUUUGUGUUCUCUACUAGUUAGCGAUGGCGUCCUCGUCGCAAAUAUUUCGAGCCGGAGCUGGAGAUCCAGUGGCACUUCGAUCCAAGGCAAGAUCAUCGAUCGCCUGCUCCUCUUCUACCAGCGUGACGAUGCCGCUUAUAGCUCGGAAAUUUCUUCGCUCCCUGGUCACGCCAUACCUGAAGAAGAAUGUCACUGCUUCGUCGGCGCUGGAGCUGGUUCGAUCGAAUUCCGGGGGAGCUGUGAAGUUCGAUCAUUUCGCAUUCCGGACGUUUGGGGUGGAUGGAUUUGGAAUCGACUCUAUUGCUCAGCUCUUCCUCGAUCUCGGCUAUGAAUGCCGUGACGAGCUUCGUUUUCCAGCGAAGAAGCUACGAGCAUUCUGGUAUGCACCACCUCUGGAUUUUCUUGACAUCGAAGGAGACGGUGUUGAUGGCCCAUUGCCACGGAUUUUUAUUUCCGAGCUUCUCGUGAAUCAACUCAGCUCCGAGUCACAGGAAGUCAUCAAAACAUACACAGGCCGUGCGAGAGCUCUGUUGAAACAUGCUCCAUUAACUAGCGUGCUAGAUUGCCUGCCUUGGGAAAAUCCAUCAGUGGCGGACUACGAACGUCUUGCACAGGAGAGCGAGUAUGCUGCCUGGACACUUGCCAACGGAUAUGCUCUGAACCAUCUUACAAUCUCCGUGCAUCGCUUAAACUCCGAGCUGAAGGAUAUAAACAAGCUAAACGAGUUCCUCCAGAGCAACGGUAUAAAACUAAACAAAGAUGGAGGAAUUCUCAAGGUUAGUCCUGAUAGGGGCUUGCUUCAAAGCUCGACGGUGGCUGAUUUGGUUCCUUGUACUUUCUCUGAUGGCGAGAUUGAGACUCCUGCCUCCUAUAUCGAGUUUGCACAGCGCCUUGUGCUGCCUGCUUUUCAAAAUCUCGGGCCCGAUCAGCUCAAAGAAUGGCAUAGGAGGGACGGCUUUGAGGUUGGCAAUGCUGACAAGAUCUUUGAAAGUACUUCGUCACUUCAAACUGGCGCCCUGAAACAAAGCGCCUAACUACAUAUCCUUUCAAGGUCUACUUAUUUUAUCAGUAUGGUUUUUUUUACAGCUCACGCGCAAGAUCCGGUUUGUACAUACGCUUAUAUAAAGUUUAUAUCUCUAUCAAAAA